AUCUCUAUGGGUGAAAACGGAUUACCCAAUCUACACCCAGUGACAGCCAUUGGGGAGUUUGGGCAAGGUGUGUAAAGAUUAGCCUAAUAUAACACUUGGGUGUGCCUGGUAUUUACCAAAUUCACAUCAAAGAAGGGUGCCACAACUUCUACCUAGCAGCGAUCAGCUCAGUCAUGAGUUGCCCCUCUCCUCUCCUCCUCUCCCUCCUUCUCAUUGGUAUUUAUGGGCAAUGUUCAGGAUUUAAGAUAUGUGCCUUCAACAUCCAGAACUUCGAUGCCACCAAAUCAGCCAACUACAGGGUGAUGCACACUCUGACCAAGAUUGUGUCUCGUUGUGACAUCUGUCUCCUUCAGGAGGUAAAAGACCUACAGGGCAAAGCCACCAAAGCUCUGUUGGGGAGGCUCAACAGAUACAGUACCAAAUAUGAUGACAACUAUCACUAUAAAUAUGUUGCCAGUGGAGGUCUGGGGCGAACACCUGAAGACCAGGAGCAGUAUGUCUAUCUGUACCGGAAUGAGACUGUAAAGUUGACAGAUCGGUACCAGUACGCUGACAAAAAGGAGGGGGGUGUGGAUUCUUUCUCCAGAGACCCCUUUGUUGUUAGAUUCCAAGCCAAGGAAACAGUGAUAGGAGACUUUGCUCUGAUCCCACUGCACACUACGCCCUCUGACGCAAUCAAGGAGAUUGACAAGCUCUACGAUGUCUUUGAGGAAAUCAAAAUGAAGUGGAAUACUGAGAAAGUGAUGUUCCUUGGAGCCUUCAAUGCUGGUUGUGGGCACAUCACAAGGCAGGACAAGGCAAACAUCAGACUGUUCUCAAACCCUGGAUUCUUCUGGUUGAUCGGGGACAAGGUGGACACCACUGUUGGAGACCUCACCAGCUGUGCCUAUGACAGGAUUGUGGUACACGGACAGCCCUUCCUGAAGGCCAUCAAACCUUAUUCAGCUCGGGUCUUCAACAUCGCCAAGGAGUAUAAACUCUCAAAGGAAAGGGUUCUGGAAGUGAGUGACCACUUCCCUGUGGAGGUGGAGCUGAAGACUAAAUCGUCAGGGCAGCUUCAAGCUCAGGUUCAGCCUCUCCUCCUAAUCGCCGUCUCUGUCAUCACCUACGUCCUGCACAUCUUACCUUCGACCAGUGUGGUGUGAGGAGGACUGAGGGCCUUCUCAGGAGUAUGGACCAUAGAAAUAGAAUUGAUUCUAAUUCUAUGGUAUUGACAUCUAAAACUUCCACGAGCAGCUGGUCCUCUCAUGCAGGGGUUCACAAACCUCUCUUUGGGGACACCUAGAUGCUUUACAAUUUUGUUCUAGCCCUGAACUAGCUAACCUGAUCAAUCUAAUCAAGGUCUUGAUGAGUAUGAAAAAUGUAUGCACUCACUAACUGUAAGUUGCUCUGGAUAAGAGCGUCUGCUAAAUGACUAAAAUGUCAAUGUAAAUUAGCUGACAAGUUUAAUCAGGUGUGCUAGCUCUGGAAUAUAUCAAAUAUAGGGAACUGCUGGGGGUCUCCGAGAAGAGGUUUGAGAACCACUGCACAGUGAUGAUUCCAUCUUUGGCUGGUCCCAUUGAGAUUGCAUGAAGAUUGAAGACAUUUAGAGGCAGCAACAUUAUCACUACACAAGUUAGUUGACGGCAUAAUGUCCCUCAUCUCCUCUUUCCCAACAUAUCUAUGAAUUUGCUCUGGUGUUGGGUUGCUGAUCCCAAUUUGCUCUGACAUCUGGUUUCAGGUAUUUGGCUCUUAAUAUCUUGAAUGGAAGGCUACAGCUUUCUGAAGCCCCCACUUCUGUCAAUAAUCUUUGUUUUUAAUAACAUUAAAUGUUAUACUUUGUAAAUGAAUGGUUGUAAAUAUUUCAAGUUACAUUUUAUAGGUUAAGACAUUCUAUGAUAAUGUGGUUUCAACAUUGUCACUAAAUGUGUUUAAAAUGUUCAAUGCCUGUACUGUACAUAUUAUUUGAAUAAAAUAUUAAUUGAAAA